AUGGAAGGUGAGGCAGAGACCGUGGUUGGUUCUUGUUCUAAACCAUGUGGGCCUCUGGAGGACUACUACAUUCCAGAUUACAUUCUGAAGCCAGGUGCCCAACAAGUACUUGUUGAUCAUGCGACACCCUGCCCCAUUGUAGUGUUCAUCAACUCAAGAUCUAGAGGCCAACUUGGAAGUAGUUUAAUCAAAACAUAUCGUGAGCUUCUCAAUGAAGCACAGGUUUUUGAUCUCUCAAAAGAGGCUCCAGAUAAGGUAUUGCAUUGUUUAUAUGCCAACCUUGAAAGGCUGAAGAUGGAAGGACACAUUCUUGCAGUUCAAAUUUGGAGGACACUGAGGCUAAUUGUUACAGGCGGUGAUGGUACAGCUAGCUGGCUGCUUGGGGUAGUCAGUGACCUUAAGCUUUCCCACCCACCUCCAGUGGCAACUGUGCCUCUAGGAACCGGAAAUAACCUCCCCUUUUCAUUUGGAUGGAUGCUAGAUGCUUCCUUUUGUGCAUUCACAAACACCGUGCAUGAACAUUACUUUGUGAAAUGA